CCAGCAAAAUCGCCAUGGAUUCCGGCAUAGCCUCCCUCAAUCCUAAAAUAUUCAUCACUCCGUUACCCGGCUGAUUUUUAAAAUUAUAAUUAACCUCUCUCUCUCUCUCCCUCAGAUUUGAAGAACCCUAAAUUAAAAAAAAAAAAGGAGUAAAAUUGAAGGGAUGGAGAAUAUUGAACAUGGACGGUUACUCACUCACUCUCAAUCAACCUCGGUAAUCUCGCUAAGAUCCUCCUCCCACGUUCUUCCUCGCCUCUUACGCUUUGCGUGUUACCUAAAAAGGUCUCCUCACCUUCCCUUUAUCGUCGCCGGUUUCCCUCUUCACAUUAGCGGUGGAUCUCUUUCCCCACUACGCCGAUCCUACUCUCUCUCUCGAUCGUAUUUACGCGCCGUGCUUCAAGCGAUCUCGACCUGUUAAGUGUUUGAUUGAUUAAACUCUCUUCGUUACUAACUAUACCAUUCGAUUCUCCGAAUUGAGGAGAAAACAACUUUUCUCCGAUUCGUCUUCCUUCAGGAACAUAUUAUGACUUCUGUGGAACUUGAAGCAGUUGUUUGCGAUAAACCUGAUGAAUCAGAGCUGAAUGAUGAUAAUGGUGGUAAAAACGUUGUCUAUCAACUUGUAGAUCACAAGAGUUCCGAACGUAGAUGGUUAAGUGAAAGGUUUCUCAGAUGGAGACGAAGAUAUCUUCCGGUUGAUGGAGAUAACAGACGUGACCAUGGAUCAGUGAAACAGUCAGGACCUCUUGUGUCUGGAGCAGCUUACUGCAUCUCGUCCUGCAGCAUGAUUAUAUUGAACAAAAUUGUUCUCUCAAGCUAUAACUUCAAUGCAGGAAUCUCUUUGAUGUUAUAUCAAAACUUAAUCAGCUGUUUGGUGGUAGCUGUGCUAGAUAUCUCUGGAAUGGUUUCUGUGGAAAAAUUUAACUGGAAGUUAAUCAGAGUUUGGAUGCCUGUUAAUGUUAUCUUUGUGGGCAUGCUUGUCUCCGGUAUGUACAGUUUGAAGUACAUAAACGUCGCUAUGGUGACUAUUCUGAAGAAUGCGACGAAUAUUAUUACAGCAAUAGGGGAGGUUUACAUGUUCCGAAAAAGACAGAACAACAAGGUUUGGGCUGCAAUGUUCAUGAUGAUCAUUUCUGCAAUCAGCGGAGGUAUCACGGAUCUCACAUUCAAUGCAGUAGGGUACUCGUGGCAGCUUGCCAACUGCUUCCUAACCGCAAGUUAUUCACUUACUCUUCGUCGAGUCAUGGACAAAGCUAAGCAGUCAACAAAGUCUGGCUCUCUUAAUGAGGUGUCAAUGGUGUUGCUGAAUAAUCUCUUGUCACUACCUUUUGGCAUCAUCUUAAUCAUCUUACUUGGCGAAUGGAGAUACGUAAGAAGCACGGAUGUGACAAAAGAUGCAAUGUUUUGGGUAGUGGCAACAGCAAGCGGCUUCCUUGGUUUGGCCAUUAGCUUUACUUCGAUGUGGUUCUUGCAUCAAACUGGACCCACAACUUACAGUCUGGUGGGUUCGUUAAACAAGGUUCCAAUAUCACUAGCUGGUCUUGUACUCUUCAAUGUCCCUCUCAGUCUCCCAAAUUUGUUCAGCAUACUGUUUGGUUUAUUUGCUGGAGUCGUCUUUGCCAGAGCUAAGAUGUCAUAAACCGCAUUUCCAAGCGAGAGUGGGAUUUUUCAAGAGGCUGAAGAGUAAUAAGCACAAAAUCAGGCAACAAACUUGAGAGUUGAGAGGUUUCUCAAUAUGCAGCUGAUAGUAUUUCAACUUGUAAUACAUUCUUUUUUAUAUACAAGGUAGAAUAUAUAUAUAUAUAUAUGUAGUAAUAUAGAAAUGAAGUCAAAAUUGGAUUUUUGCAAAAUUUAAUAUGCCUUGGCAAAAUAAGCUAUAAAAUAGGCGGGAGAAUCGUUUGAAUGAUUGAUUACA